AUUGUUUUUACAUAAGUUGCAAUAGGGCCAUUCAGUCAGGUCAAAUUAAGUUACUGUAUGUCAAAUCAGUAAAGCAGUAUGUCUUCUUUCAGACAGAAUCAGACAGGAAUAUAUGAGAAAUUCAAGACAAAAGUGCUUUUUCAGGAGGUUUAUUGUUUUUUUAUCUUCUUGUUGAAAAGGAGAAAUCCAUGCAGUGUUUUAUGAAUUAAUUUGAUAGGAUAUCAAAGAAAUAUAUUAUGCCAAGUCUUCUCGAACUUUGAGUAUUGCUUUUGUGAACAUUGUGAGUUGUGUGUAUUGCGAUUCGUCAUGUUGUAUUCAUACACAACCUUGCGUAAUCCCACUGGGCAGUCCAUGUUGUGACCCUCAGUGCUCCCUGAUGACUGCAGCUGGGAACAAACACACAGGAAUUCUGCCCAGUAAAGUGUGUGUCAAAGUCUUUAGCCUCAGUUAGACUCGUUUGUCACCGCGCAGCUGCUCGUCAAUAUGCGAGUGUCUUUAAUUCUUCUGUUUCUCCAAGUGUGGGGGAAUGUUGAAGUGUCUUUAUCACAGAAUGCAUGUUCAAGGCUCCCAGAAGUUCCUCAUGGCUACAUAUCAGAGGAGACCAGAAAAGAUCAGUAUGGAGAGCAAAAUGUGAUACAUUUCACAUGUGAAACCGGAUAUAUAUCAGGUCCAACCAUUAGAUAUAUGUGCACGAACACAGGUUGGAUUGCUAUCCAUAAGGGAAAGUGCUUCUUAAAGCCAUGUGAACUCCCUGAUGACACUCCCAAUGGGUAUUAUCAAAUUACCCGUGGUGAAGACUUUGUUUUUGGAACAACUAUCAAAUAUUUUUGUAAUGAAGGGUAUCAAAUGAUGAGUAAGGAGACCACCAGGACUUGUUAUCUGGACAGCUGGAGCAACCAUGUGCCAAUAUGUGAUCUGUUUUUACCAGUUUUAAUGACGAGUCCUUUUGUUUUUGAGAGGAGGAGACCUCUACAGAAAAUUCAGCUUCUGAACAAAGAAGGAAUCCUAACUGGGAGAAGCAGACCGCAAUGACAGCAAUGGUGGUUAUUUAACAAUGAAGACAACAACUCCCAUGAUCCCACGCUACUUCACAACAUCAUAAAAGUCCAGCUUUUGUUAUUGUUUUGAUUGAGAGACACCUAGCAGGAGAAAUUACAUAUUGUAUCUUUAAAGCUGCACCGUAAUGUUUUGGUGUUUUGUUUGUUAUUGGAUUGUAAAUGUGAAUGUGCAGAAUGUGCAAAUGUUUGCAAUGUGUAAAAUUAGCAAGAGAGAAAACUCUACUGUACAAACCAUCUCUACAAGAGACUGUGUUAGAAAAUCAUUGGGUUUCUUUGUCUUUUUUUCCGUUUCUGGGUCAAUUUUGGAUGAAUUCAGCGACUAUAGUGUUGCAUAUUGUUCCCAAUUGCUAUGAUAAAGUAACUGUGUGCAACUGUG